CACGAAGAAGAAGAUAAAGAAGGCAAAACAACUCCGCAUGUAGCUAACAUUUCCAAUAAACAUUUUUUAGUUGUACCUCUAACCUGACAAAUUAUUCCACCUGGGAAAUAUUUCGUAUAAGCAGAGAAGAUUUUCUCUAAUGUUUCUAAUUACAUGCUGGCGAGAACAAACAACGCGGGCAGAAUUACACUGGGCAGCUAAGGUUAGCCAAAGAAGCUAACCAGCUAGCUCCCAUUAGCUGCAAUGGCAGCGUCCACUCCUCCAGUGAUUUCAGCUCCUGUAUUAAGUCAGAAGCAACGCAGGGCUGCUUUGAGGAAAGAGAGGAGGAAACGGAAACGCCAAGCUCUCGCCCAUGCCAGAGAACGAGAUUUAAAAAAUGGAGCAAGCCCUACUCCUGGAGAAGAAGACGAAGUAAAUGAAGACGGUGAGGAUGACGAUGUUGCAGAGGAGGAAAGACAGCGUCUUCAUGAAGAGUGGCUGAAAAGAGAGCGGAUUGCCCAAGAGGAAUUCAGGCUGCGGUUGGAGAAGGAGGAAACAGCAAGGAAAAGAAAAGAGGAGGAGGAGCGGAUGAUAAAGGAGGAAUGGGAAGCGCAGCAGAGGCGAGAACAAGAAGAAAAAGAGCAGAAGCAGCAGGAGAAGCGAGACAGAGAGGAGGCUGUUCAGAAAAUGUUGGAUGAAGCUGAAAAUCAGCUGGAUAAUGGUGGCCCGUGGAUGAACCCUGAGGCUCCUGUGACGGUGAACUCUGAGAACUUUGGAACGGAGCGUGACGUAGCCAACUGUCCGUUCUUCCUCAAGACUGGAGCGUGUCGAUUUGGAGACAGAUGUUCUCGGAAACAUACGUAUCCUACAACCAGUCCAACACUGAUGAUCCGCGGAAUGUUUAGAACAUUUGGUAUGGAAGAGUCGCGCCGUGAUGACUAUGACAUUGAUGCUUGUUUGGAGCACAGUGAGGAGGAGAUGCAGGAGUCCUUCCUUGAGUUCUACCACGAUGUUCUGCCAGAGUUCAAGAGCGUCGGCAAAGUUUUGCAGUUUAAGGUCAGCUGUAACUAUGAACCACACCUGAGAGGAAACGUUUAUGUUCAGUUUGACACAGAGGAGCAAUGCAAAGAGGCCUUCAUCAAAUUCAAUGGGAGGUGGUAUGCAGGCCGGCAGCUUCACUGUGAGAUAUCACCUGUUACACGGUGGAAGAAUGCCAUAUGUGGAUUGUUUGACAGACACAAGUGCCCUAAAGGGAAGCACUGCAACUUUCUGCAUGUAUUUCGAAACCCUGGGAAUGAAUUCUGGGAGGCUGACAGAGAUCUGCACAUGUCCCCUGACCGCAGCGUAAGGGCCAGUCACAGAGACGGGUGGCAUUCGAGCCGAUCAUGGAGGCAGCGUCAUUACAGCAGGAGUCCGGUGAGAUCGGAGAGAUCUGAAAGGAGACGAGACGAAGACAGGCGAAGGAGCAGGAGCAGAGAGAGGAGGCUGUCCCACCAGAACAGAGAGGACACACGGUCGUCUAGAUCCAGACACAGUGACAGGUGGAAAGACAGGCGAAGGAGCAGGAGUAGAGGCAGGUCAAGGAGCAGAAGUAGAGACGACGAGCAAGACAGGCGGAGAAACAGAAGUAGAGACAGAGAGAAGGAGCAUAGGGGUAGAGAUCAAGAGAGAGACGGUAGAGGCACGAAUGACGACGCUCACAUGGGAACAAGAGAAAAGUCGAGAAGUAGAGAAAGAAGCCCCAGGUCACCUGAUAAAAGUAAGAAAAAGUCUAAUGAUGACAGUAGCACACAUCGUCGACACAAACACUCCAAAAAGAGCAAGAAGAAGAGCAAGAAGAAGCACAAGAAGAAAAACCAUUUGCCUGAAGAGACAGCUUUAUCUGGAGAGUCAGAAAAAGAGGAGUCAGGGGAGGAGACGGUGGAAAAUUUUUCAACAUCAAGUCCCGGUGGAGAGAGAAAUGAGAUGGAGGAAACGCAGAAAAACAGUGAAAGUGAAUAGUCCGAGGAAAUGUGAGGUGACCUCACUGAAAAUAUGCUCUCUUUUUUUUGUAGCGCACACAUUUAAAAACUACAAAUCAGAUUUUCUUAAAAAUAACUUCUAGAAAUUUGUGCACACUGCGAUACAUCUCCGCCCUACCGAUCUGGAUUUUAAAUGAAUAAAAAGGGAAGCACUGCAGUUUGUGAGUCCUGAGAUCACUGUAUUCUGAUGAGUUAAUCCAGUUUAAAAUGCAAUGAUUUUAAUGUAGUCAACAUUGGCACUUGUCAACACCUUUUGUGUACAUAUGUGAAUAUUUUCAAAAUGCUCAUUGUGGCACUACAUGUUACGUAAAAAUAUAAAACCAAAAAAACCCUCUGCUUUUUGAAUACAUUUAUUUGUAAUAUCCUUCAAAUAUAAGAAAAAUGUGUUGUCAGUGUUUAAUACAAAAACUGAUUUCUUUUGCACAAAUCAAAGUUUGAUAAUACGAGUGUUCAAUGACAACAGUUUUGAUCUUGAUAAGGAAAAAAAAAGAAGACUUCCAUACAGUUUGAGAUGAGUAACUAUUUAAAAGUUGUUUCCUUGCACAUUACAAUGAUAUACCUGAUAUCUGCAGUUCAUGUUUUUAUGUUCCCACUCCAUGAAGAAAGUCAUGAUCAACAUGUCUGGGUGGACUGGAGUAAUUCCAUAAUACUGGUUUAUUGUAGCCAAAUAAUUCCCACAUCCAGUGACAUCAACCUGCAGUUAUAAAUCCCUUUAUUUU